CCAUUCAUCUCAUCGCGCUGAUCUCCUCCAAGAAGCCUUUGAGGAGGUCUCCUAAAAAGGGCAGAAGAAGGUACCUAGAAGGUAAAGGAAGCUGACAGAGAGCUCGAUCUGGUAGCAGCAAGAUGAAGCCUAGCCUGUUUCUUCUGUGAAAAUUCAGAUCUUUUUGACCCGUAGAAGGAAAUAAACCAAAGCGAAGGAGAAGGAGAAAAAAGAUUGCCUGCAGAAGGAAUCAACGGAAGAGUGAAUGAUUCUCUGUACAAUUUAGUAAGCAAAGGAAGCAUCUUUCCUACUAGUGUCAUCAUUUCAUUUCAUAAGAUAGCAAUCUUAGAGAUCAUAGAGAUCACCCGUUGAUUUGAUCCAGAAGAAAACUUCGUUUAGCUGGAAGAAAUAUGGCAACUAAGUGGUGGGAGCGCGUCGAUGUUCCGGGGAUGAUGACUGGAAUGGAAUCCACCGGCAGCGCCGGUGGCGUUCUCCACCAACUCUUUCGUACACCUCCGCCGCCACCUACUCUGGAUCUGCAAAAGCUCUCGCCGGAACAGAGUCCCAAGAACGAAACCCCCGCCGCCGCCGGCUCCGCCGGCGAAGAUCAGCAGCCGUUGAGCUCCAGCGGCAAUAAGAGGCCGCGUGGUCGCCCCCCUGGGUCUAAAAACAAGGAGAAGCCGCCGAUCAUAGUCACACGUGACAGUCCGAACGCGCUACGUUCACACGUGCUUGAGAUCGCUGGUGGUGCUGACGUAGCGGAGAGUUUAGCCGAGUACGCUCGGCGGCGUGGGAGGGGGAUCUGCGUUCUGAGCGGCGGAGGGUCGGUGGUCAACGUCGCGCUCCGGCAACCAGGGGCCUCUCCGGCGGCGGUUUUGAGGGGAAGGUUUGAAAUUUUGUCGCUGACGGGGACGGUGUUGCCUCCGCCAGCGCCGCCUGGGUCUGGCGGGCUGACCGUGUUUCUCGCCGGAGGGCAAGGGCAAGUGGUAGGGGGCAGUGUGGUGGGGCCUUUGAUGGCGGUAGGGCCAGUGGUUUUGAUGGUCGCGUCGUUCUCUAACGCUGUAUAUGAAAGGCUGCCGUUGGAAGCAGAGGAGGAGACGGCGGUACCGCCGGCGGCGACAUCACAGUCUUCCGGAGUGACCGGCGGUGAGGGCGGCGGUGGCGGCGGGGUACCUUUUUAUAAUUUGGGGGGCUAUCAGAUUGGAUCAGGAGAAGGUUAUGGGUGGGGAGGAGAGGGAAGCGGUGGAGUUAGGCCUCCCUUUUGAAUAACUUACUACUUUCCUCCUCUUCAUCAUCUUCAUCUUCAUCUUCAUCUUCUUCUUCAUAUCAUAUGUGAUCAUCAAAUUACUGUUCUGCUCUACAAUGAAAAGGCUCAGUCAUUAGAACAAUUGUAGAUCUGGAGAGGCCAAGCUUUUUAAAGUUUCUCAUAAAUCUAUUUCCAGCUAUAUAUUAUUCAUGACCAUCUUAUUUAUACAUAUAUUUUAUAUCUAUUUUAUUUUAUUUUUGUUUCCUGAAGAGCGGUUUAUUUGUAGAUAAAUUGAUUGUUAUCUUCUAAAAUAGAAUGUGAAGUCUUGUAAUUCGAUAUAAAUGUCUUCUGUAUGAAGAUAAAAUAUUUUAUUUCUUGAGCUGGCAUAGUUCAGUAUAUUAUAAUAUAAGUUUGGGAGCUCCA